CUGAAUUUUGUGGGUGCUCGCGAAGGGCACCUACCACCGAUUCUGGCCAUGAUUCACCUUCGACGAAUGACUCCGGUUCCUGCUAUUCUUCUCACCUCGAUACUGAGUUUGGUCAUGCUUUUUUUGCCUGAUCUAACAACACUGAUCAACUAUCUGUCGUUUGUACAAUGGCUAUCAGUUGGUGCAAGCAUCCUCGUCUGUGCUUUUCUCCUCCUCGUUCCAUUGAUCGCCAAACCAAAAGAAAUGGGCAUCGGAUUGGGCAUUGUGCUCUCCGGUAUUCCUGUCUAUUUGGUCGGUGUAGCUUGGCGUAAUAAACCUCAGUCAUUUGUUCGACUAUACCGUAACAACAUUCAAUUGGUAUCACCGAAUUCCGCAUUAGGUAUUCCUAUGUUUGUCGAUUUGCGCACAUUAUUGAAUACCGAGGAAUGUACCUAG